AUGUUCACGAAAGAAGUCAGCGUGGUCGUCAUGGCGCUGUGCGUCGUGAAGCUUGUGACGUCAGGUGACGAGGUGGUCCUUCCAUCGUCUUCGUCUGGUGUCAACAUAACGGGAAACAUGCGAUCGAUGAACGAGGAUCAGGUGAUGUCGCUGCACGAGCUUCUCAAGCGCAAGAUGGAACGCACCCGGGGCCUGGUGAGCCUCGGCAUGGACCCUUUCCAAGCCGGAUCCAUGGGCUUUCUCAUUCAAGAGCCGGGCGCCUACAUCAACGUCUCGCUCACAAAGCUCGCCGUGACGGGACUGUCGAACUUCACCAUCCGUGACGUGGCCACCAACAACGCCGCCAUGCGCGCCAGCGUGCUCAUGAUAAUGCCCCGGGUGGAGAUAAGAUGCGCCUAUCGCGUCAAGGGCUACAUCAGCGGCGAAGGCGAGAGAGAGUCACGCGUCAUCGACGAGAGCGGUCAGUUCGAGGCGGUGCUGGGACGGGCAGCGAUGUCCUGGUUCGCCCGGGUGCUGCACGUCGACAAGGACGACCUGCUGGUGGCCCAGACAGGUCUGCGCACGCACGUGGACGAGGUCGUGACCAAGCGGUUCCAGCCGACGGCCAAGGCCAGGACGCAGUCCGAGGACCAGGACGUGAUGGGCGUGGUCGGCGACAGCAUCGUAGACCACGUGCGCCACAUGGUCGAGGAGAAGCUGAACAAAGUCAUAACCAAGGCGGUGUCCACAAAGCCCAGCGAAGUGCAGGACCUGCUAGAGUCGCUGGUCGUUCCGACGCCUCACUCCGAGGUACCGCGCACCUUCUCGCCUCACGGUCACCGCAUCAGCAAACGCCAGGUUCCAUGCAACAACGGAACCGAGCUGGACGACUACGUGGACUACCUGUUCCGCUUCGCCACGCGUCUCAUCCGAGCCAUGGAGCCCAUCCAGGGACCCAACUUCACCAUCUACAUCGAAGAACAUCUUCAGGUCUUCCUGUACGACGUCCAGGCUCGGAACGUCUACACUCUGUCACGUCGCAAGCCGGCCUACGUCAUCUGCAAACACGGCGACGUCACCGUAGGGCUGGUCAUCCGGCUAGACAGCAUCAUGGCGACGGCCAAGUACCGCGUGCUCACCGACCACCGCCACCUGCUGUACAACGGGGACGCUGACAUGAAGCUGUCGGGCACCGUGGUGUGGAUCCAGAUCUCGCAGCUAGCCAACGGCAACAACCGACUCGACGUGGUGCGGAUUUGGAGGUUGGGCAAGGCACAGGUGUUACUCAAGGGACUGGGCAACCUCACGUCGGCCAUAUCCAUGUUACUCACCAGCGUACUGAACCACGACCCCUGGAACAUCAUACCCGUGGCCGAGGCGCAGGCGAUCACGUUCGGAAGGGAAAUGUUGGCGAACAUUACCGUGCCCAUAUUCUCCCUAGUGUGAGGGCGCUACAAUCGUGUCGCCUCUCUAAUGCAGACGUCAUGCUCUGUGGGCAUGUAUGAUGAUGUCAUGCGGACGUCAUCGCCCCGGGGGCAUGAUUGACCGAAGCACUUCCGGUUAAUGCGUCCAGUAAUUUUACGCAAGCCUGUCCAGCUAGGGUUUCGCGGGCGUUGCCAAAUAUAACGUCGUGUUGUCUCUCAUGAUUCCAUGCGCUCAACUGCUCAAAAGGAUUCUGAAUGGUAACACGUGCACUCAAUUCACACGCAGCCACGCGAAACAGUCGACACUGUAGCUGUGGUUGAAAUGAUUAUAUCGGCCACGUGUUUCCACAGAAGUUUUGCGAAGUAAACGAUAUAUUUCGUGAAAUUUUCAUCCGAUUUUCACGAGAAUCAGCAAACUCAGUGCGAAAUUACUGGACCGCAUAUUCUGGAACGCUUCAUUGUGAAAAAUCAUUGCGGCACUUGAGGGCGAACCAGUAUUCCGGUAUCACCAUAACGAUGAUGUUCCGCCACGGCACAGAACAAUUAGACCAUGUGACAUCUGAAUGACGUCACGAUGUUGGAGUGAAAGUGAAUUUCAGGUACUGAUGGCUCGUAUGUGACGUCGUGGACGGGGUUCUUAAUGCACUAUAGUACUUCGACGUGGGAUGACUUCAAGGCAGCGUAAUCGGGUGGUGGUUACCCCGCCUCAAUGUGAUAACGACGGCGCUGAAACCACGAAUAACGAAACAACCUGCGUGUGAUUCAUUUGGUAAGAGUAGUGCGGUAAGAGUAGAGUAUUGCCCCAUCAUGUUGAUGCUCUAACGUGGCUGGUUAAUUGACGUCAGUGCGAGCUGUCUAUAGAACCGCUUCUCUAUUGUCGAAGUCAUAUCGGUGUAGGUUGGGUGUUUCUAGCAAUAUCCACAUACUAACCAGGUCGCUAUAUAGAUGCAGCGCGUCAGCUGCCAGUUCGAUUGUGUGCCAAACCUGCGAAGCCCUUCACUAUACAAUGCAGUGAUGAGAUUUCCGCGAGCUUAUAGAUUUCUGUCUUUUUUUCCUUGACAAUCGCAUCUAGCAUUGCGCUGACCAAAUCGCGCGUCCUUAACCUAGAUUAUUAGGCUGUGGAAGAAGUGUGUGGAUUGGCACGCCGUGGUAUUGGGGAGUCAUGGAUAGUCCGUAUAUGCAUACGUAUUACAGUUUAGGAAAACCGGUAGAUACGUCAGGCAGCGACAGACCUAAUAUGGUCAUGUGGUGGGAACCGUUUCAUUUUUGUUCCUCUUCUAUAAGGAAGGUGACAAUUCAUUACCUUCCAUUCACUGUUAUACUGUCGCCGAUGCCUCUGCGCCAAUCAGAUGACCUCGACAGCAGCGAUGUUGCUCACGCCUCGUUGACUGUAUUCAGGAUGUACGUCUUUCUCGUAAUGUGUAGUAAGCGAAUUUGUGAACCGAAUAGGAACAAAAAUGAAGUGAUGCGCUGACGAAUUUUACAAUUGAAAUUUAGUAAGUCAUUGAAACAACUCUGGUUCACAAUACGCGCGAGCCUCCGCGUGAACCGUAAAUCUGCAAUAGGGUCAGAGUGGUGAGCGAGCGUAAUUCGAAACUAUAGCGCGUUGGGUUUUCCCCGACGGCCAUAGUUGCCAACAAUCGGCGUCUUACGUUCGCACAAGUGGCAAACUGUGAAUGAGUGUUACAUAUAUAUCGAAGGCUGCCUUCAUAAUCAUUCGCAUCUUAUACGAAGGGGGAAGGGG